AAACAGCAGCGCUGCGUUUCAAUCCGUUCCAGUCUCUCUUUCCUGCUGUCGGACUUGCGGAGUAACGCUGUCUCUCUCUGUUUCUCUCAUUCUCGGGGUCCGCGGUUUCAGCACUUUUCUGUGCAAACUCUCCUGGAAAUACUUUCACGCAGACUACUAAAACCAGCACUGGAAACAUGCUGCUCCUUCUUUGUGGCAUCGUAUUUCUGCAUAUCGCAGUUCUGGUUCUGCUGUUCGUCUCCACUAUAGUCAGUACCUGGAGUGCAACCCAAACCAGUACCGCAGACCUCUGGGUAAACUGUACUACAGCCUCUGCAUGUUUGGCCGGUGACACUGGAGUAUGGAUUCAGUCAGUGCAGGCUCUCAUGAUCCUGUCGAUCAUCUUCAGCAUCCUGUCACUUUGCCUGUUUUUCUGCCAGCUGUUCACACUGCAAAAGGGUGGACGCUUCUUCCUCACUGGAUCCUUCCAAAUCUUCGCCUGUCUGUUCAUUAUGUGCGGUGCGAUCAUUUACACGGUGAUGAGGAACACAUGGAUUCCCUCGGGCGCGUCGUACGGUUAUGCCUACAUCUUGGCCUGGGUGGCUUUUCCUCUAGCGCUCAUCAGCGGCUUAAUUUACAUAAUUUUGAGAAAACGGGAAUGAUCUACUCACCCCCGUUUGAGGCUCCAGAUAUCGCUGAUCAUCUAAAUCGCCUACCGCAUCUGCAGACAAGUUUAAACAGCCCAUACAAUAUAAUAUAAUAUAACUGUACAAAAAGAAUCACCACCAUGAAAAGACAUAUAACAACGAAUGCGGUCAUUGUUUGAAGAUGUAUAUAGUAUCUAUGGUUUAAAACCUAUUUAUAACACUUUUUACAUAAAUGUACAUAGUAUUGUUAUGUGUGUCGACAGAGCUUUGUUUUUGUUUGUGUUUUUUUGCUAAUUAAGUGCCUAAAAUGUGUUUUUUUUUUUUUGUUGUCAGAGGCAAGUGCAUUAUUAGCCAUAUUUUGUGUUUUUUUUUUUUUUGUUUGUUUUUCUUACACUGCCAAAAAAAACAGUUAUAUAUAAAUAUUAAAAAAAAUCAGUUGAAGUAUUUUAACCAAAGAGCAUGUAUUAAAAAGAGUGAUAUGCUAUAGUGAAAUGGCUUGAGAAGUUUAUAGAUGUGGUAACACUUACUGAAAACGCUAAGCUAGAUACAAAAUUGACCAUAUAUAUAUAUAUAUAUUUUUUUUUGCAUUUAAAACCAUUAAUUUUUUUUAUUUUUUUCUAUUAUCUUUUGGACAAAAUGGUGCUAUGUAUUUACCAUUCCUAUAGCCAUUUUGAUUUAGUCAGAAAAAAGCAAAUGGCCUGCAAGUAGAUGUGACAGCUCUGUAUACUUACUUCUGUACAUACGAUACUUAACAGAUAGACUCAUUUUAUAAUAAAUUGUGUUUGAGAAUAACUCGAGACUUGAGUAUUAGCUAAGCAAAUGGCUUUCAAAGGCCACGUAGACGUUUUUAGCGAUACUGCAACAGCUAAGAGUGCAUUAUAUUAUCAAAUGCCAUCAGGAAGGUGAGAACUGCCUGGUAUCUCAGUGUAUCUGUGUUGUGUGUCUUCAGCUAGCUAAAAAAAAUCACUAGAGUUUAAAAACACGUAUAUUACGCAAAGCUACUUGUGAUCGAAGGGAAUCUUACGGUAUUUUGCAUGGAUUUCAACACCAGAUUUCAAUGUUCUAUUAGUGGAUGUACCAGAGAUUUUUGCAUUCAUUGCGAUGUUGUGCUGAUACUUGAAAUGUGACGUGCUGACUAUGUCCGCUGUUGUGAAAAACAAACAAAAACCCACCGCCGACAAAAAAAAAAAAAAAAGUCUCCAUCUUGAAUGCAGUGUUUUUUUUUUUUUUUUUUUGGACGCCAUGUGGUUCUUUACAAAUACAUCACUUAUGAUCUGUAAUGCAACUCACACUGAGGACCAUGUAGGGGGGGGACGGGACUAUAAGAGAAUCCCUAUGCACUGAAACCAACAAUAAAUUACCAUUAACGCAAUUUUUCUUGUCAGAUCUCAUGGUUUUUAUGUGAUUGCAGUGUUCUGGUGUGUGUCUUAAACAACAUCUAAAUCAACCUGGGUGAAUCAUAAAGUCGGUAUCAGAUUGUAGCAUUUUUAACUCAAGAUUGUUCUCAAUUUUUUUCAAUUAAACACUGAUUUUAUAUGAUUCAUCACUACCCAAGACAUUAUUCAAGUAUUAAAAGUAAGCUGUGUUCCGUACUUGUUUACUAUUCAUACUUAAUCUUGCCUGAAAUAAGUAGUAAAACUGUGUUUCUGUGGUCAGAGGAGAAAGCAAAACCUCUUAUGAUGGCCAUUUUGCAUGUUCACACCAAUGCUUGUGUUUAUUAAAAAGCUAUUAAAGAAAUGUUGCUCUGUCUGUC